UAUAAUAUGAUAUGAUAUGAUAUGCGUAUGGAUCAAUAUAUUUCUACAUCUUCAAAAAAUAUUGAUAAAUUAUUGAAUGGAGGAAUAAAAUUUGGCAAAAUCACAGAAAUAAGCGGAUUACCUGGCAUAGGAAAAACACAGAUGUCACUCCAAUUGUGUAUUAAUAAUUUUUUGACUCAGGAUAUCAAAUAUAAAAAUGUAUUAUCCUCUAACAUCGCUCUUUAUCAUGAAUCAAUAUUUGUUGACACAGAAGGAACCUUUAUACCUCAGAGAAUAAAGGAGAUGAUUAUGGCAACACCUCAAUUCGCCCUCGAUUACAAAAUUUAUAUUGAUAAAUUAACAACCUUGGAACCUUCAACCCAUAUUAAAACCCAAACUAGUUCUAACAUUGAUGGAAAUUCUUCUCCCGUUUUUAAUAAGAAACUUACCACGCAAGUCAACAUUAUCCGUGAUGAGGUUUCAAAAUCUAAAUCGAGCAAAGAAGAAUAUUGUGAAAAGAUCAUGAGUCAGAGACUUCAUUAUUUUCGUUGUACUGAUGUGACCCAAUUAAUAGCUCUGUGCAUCCAUUUAACGUUUGAAUACUUGAUCAGGCACCCUCUAGUAACAUUAAUAGUUAUCGAUAGUGUAGCCUUUCCACUUAAGGGCCAUAUCGACAAAUUAUCGCACUUCGUUCGUAACAGUCACAGAAGAAAAUUGGUGGAUGCUCUAUCUUAUCAUUUUAGAAAUCUCGUUUCUCUAAAUUUGCAGCAUGGGGAACAAGACGAUAGUGAAGAAUCAAAUUCAGAUUCUAAUGAUGAUUUUGAAAGCUCGGAAGUUAGUACCGACAGGACCCCAGAACUUUUUAAACAUGAAAUCACCUCCUUACACCCUCCUAAUAAACGUAAAUUAGUCGAAGAAAAAAUUAUUAAAACAUACAAUUCUAUCCCUGGCUCCGAAAUCUCUUUCGAAAAAAAUCUUAAAUAUCCGAAGGCGAAUAACAAUAUAGCUUUGGUUCUAACUAAUCACUGCGUUUUAAAUAAUUACUAUAAAAAUUCUCAGGAAAUUUCUUCCUCGUCCGACAAUCACUUUAAAUCUUUUUGGGAUGAUAUUUGGGGCGAUAUCUUUCAUUUAAGGUUGUCCGCUUAUUGGUGGGAUAACGUGAGGCGAAUAAAAAUAGUUGAUUCUUCUUAUAUAAUCCGCCCGAAUUUUUAUGAGACCAUUUAUGAUAUAGGCCCUAGCGGCAUAAUUGAUUGUGAUAAAUAAG